AUGUUUUGUGCACUUGAUACCGAUUCGGUGCACCAGUUUAUCGUGAGAACCCCAUCAAAAUCUGGAUAUAAAAGCCGGAAAAAGUCGGAGGAAGACAUCAGUCCGCUGAACAUCUCCAACAUGAACUUCUACGCCCUCAUCGGAGCCGUCCUCGUCGCCGCAGUCGCCGUUUCUGCCGAAAAGGUUUCGUUUCAUCCGAAAUCUCCAAAUUCUUUCAUUUUCAGGCUCGUGCUCCUCAAUUCUUCGUCUAA